GUAAAUUCAAUUUAAAAAAUUCAACCGGUGUGCUCCCCAGCCAGCGAGUCACCUACUGAAUACGGAAAAAGCGAGGUGCUUCGCAUUGCAUUUCCGCAUUUGGAGUGAAAGCAACUGGGGCGAAUAAAUCAAAAGAAACAGUAAUAGCGAUAUAACAGCCGCACAUUACAGGUGCGGAUACAAACCGAGAUUCUUUUUUUCGAAAUCUGGCAGGAGAAUAAAAAUUGCUUAAACGCCAACUGGAGAAAACAUCAAUAAAAUAUUAAACAUGCACAUACACACGCGUAAACGACAGUUAUUAUGAGGUGUGCCGUUUCGCUGCAGACAUUACCAUUUCAAACACACACUCAUACACAUAUGGAACGCAAAAGCAUGAGACAAAUAAAUGAGAGCGCAGCAUUGGUUUAAAGAGAAGGCAAACGUAUGGCAAAAAACAAGACGCCGAGCUAUGCAGACACAUAUAUACAACCAACACAUGCGCAUGCAAUUAAAUAGUGAUUUAGAUUUUUUGCCCUGCAAUAACGAGGGAUAUUAAAACUGCRACAAAUAUAACCGAUAAGGGCGGCUAAACACCAAAAAAACCAGCGCGUGGAGAUAAACAAUACUUGUGCUUGCCGAGCAGCCCCGCCGUAGGAGUCUUCGUGGCACGCAACAUGGCCGCGCCCAUCGAUGAGGGCGUGCUGAGCGCUUUGCGCGGCAUAGCAAGCAAAAACACACGUCUGCCCAAGCCGUUGCUCAUCAAAGUUUAUGUGUCCAGCUUGAAGGAGGAAUUCUGCCAAGAGCGACGCAUGCUUCUGGAACUAGUGGGCCCCGAGCUACAGUCUAUUUAUGAUGACAGACAAAUUGAGAUUGAAAUUGUCGACAUGCACUUCGGCACUGGGCCGUUGCAAAUUAUGCAAGUCGAACAAGAUCCAUAUAUACUCCAUGACUAUCUGCAUGAAAUCGAGACUUGCUACAACAAUUCGAAAAGUGUAUUUUUCCUGGCACUUAUCGGCGAUAGCAUCGGUCCCAUGCCAUUGCCGACGCACAUCGACGAAGAUAUUUUCACCGACAUACUACAGCAGGCRCAAACGAGCACUGACGACCGAAACCUGCUACAAAAGUGGUACGCAAAGGACAGCACACAACACAAGCGCAUAUUUGAGCAAGUUUAUGUUUCAAUGUUACUUGAAAAAUGGCAUCCGGAGUAUUUGCAGCUGCGUGACGUUAUUGAGCGCGCGCUGCAAAGCAUUAAACAAAAUGCAAACUGCUCUAAAACGCAGCCGGACGACUUCACCAAGCGUGUGCAGAAASUAAGAGAAACUCAACUGGAAAAGGAAGUGCAAAGAGCACUGGAGCUUUCGAAUGACAAAAUAUUGGCUGUAUUUCGUGAGUGGUCUUCGCAAAUGAGCACCAAAAAUGCGGAGGCUGGCGAACGGCUGAGGAAAAUGAAAGACGAGCUMACUAUGAAUUUGUCGUCCGACAAUUACACCACACUAGUUGUCGCCGGCAAAUCGAAUGAGGGCACCAUCGAUCCUGACAAUGAGGAUCACGAAACWUAUUUGAGCAAAUUUAAGAACAAAGUAUUCGACAAACUACGCUUUCUCAUCGAAGAGCAUAUAACUAACGAUCCUGAUGUCAUMAAGGGGAGAAGAAAGACUGUGCAGGAAAUUUUCCACGAACAUGCCACACACUUGCGCAUUCUCCGCGAACAUCACGAUGCCGCCGCACUUGCCUCGAGUCGCGUGCCCGGCCGCCUGCGUCAGAAUCUGCUGGCCAAUUUCCGCAAUGGCAGCCGCCAUGCGCCCUACUUCAUCUACGGCCCACAUGGCAGCGGCAAGAGCGCGCUCAUGGUCAACUUGUAUCAGCAGUGCCGUGAUUGGUUCAACUCGACGCGCGUUUAUCGCGUUAUGCGCUUCGCCGCCGCCUCCCCACGUUCCGGCUACAAUCUCGAAUUAUUGCGUGUGAUUUGCCAACAAAUCUCCAUUAUUUACGAUAUACCCGAGGGUUAUCUGCCCAAGGACGCCUCAUUCGAUCCGGUGUAUAUCAACAGUUGGUUCCAGAAUCUGUUGCGCCGCAUCGAGGAUAUGAAUAAUGAUAUAUUUUUCAUAUUCAUCGAUGACUUGCAUUUAUUGAAUCCACUCGAUUGUGAUGUGGUCGCGGCACUAUCUUGGUUGCCGACAUCUUUGCCAUGGAAUGUGCAACUGAUUUGCUCGACAACCACGCCCAUCGAACAAUUGCGCUUCACACCCAUACAACGUGAUCGCUUCAAGUCUGCGGAGUUUCUUUUCGAUUUAUCAACGGARGAGAAUCGCACUGAAUUGCAUAAACCCCUAGCGCUUGCCGCUGGCUUGCUCGAUAUUUCAUUUACAGAUUUCGUGGCGCACGAAUUUGACCGUUUGGAGGCGUGUUAUGGCAGAAGAUGUGUGGCUCGCUUGGCCGGCUAUAUCACAUGCUCCGAGUUUGGCUUAUCGGAAACGGAGUUGUUGGAGCUGUUGAUGCCUACUGAGGAUCCCGAAAUGUUCGUCGAUAUGGAGCGCGGAAAUUUCAAUUUUUCCUCAUUCAAGCAGAUACACAAUGAUAUGAAAUUCCUACUGCGCGAUAAAAUAAUGUCUGGCAAAGUGUUGCUGCAGUGGCGCCACAGCUACUGCGCCGAGCUCUCGAGAAAGCGCUAUAUGGACGCCCAGAGCACACGUGCCAUGCACAUAGCCAUUGCCAAUAUAUUCUUUCAGCAGGAGAGUGAGGAAAACGACGCCAGCACUAGUGAGAAUGCCUCAGGUGAAAGUGACAAACACUCAGUUAUCAGUCAAAAGGAGAAAGAGAGCAUAUCCGAACGCAAAUCAUCAUCACAUCACAAUGAUGAUACAUCCACCUUUUAUAAUCCCAUCGCAGCCGAUGUCUCGUACAGCAUGCGUCAUGUGGAAGAGAGUUGGCAUCAUUUGAUGCGUUCCGAUGAUAUUGCGAAAUUUAAGCAAAUUGCUGUUUGUAAUUUCGACUUUCUUCUGGCAGCGGUUCAAACCGUCUCCAUCAGCUAUCUKCGUUGCCUCAUCGAGCAUGUGCGUUGCUAUCUGCUGGAUCGCGAUAUCGAGCUCAUCUAUUAUACAAUACGCAAGUCGAGCGACGUGCUCACACGUGAUCCAAUGCAGCUUGGCUCACAGCUCAUCUCCUGGCUGCGGCCAAUCAGCGAGCAUGACGAGAACGACAACUCCCUGCUGAGCAUAACGGUACGCUCGGCGACCGCCUGGUGCGACGGCUACACUGUGCCACUGCUGGUGCCACUCACCGGCUGGCUGCCGGCCACUUUGCCCUCGCAGAUACGCGUGAUGACGGUGACCGGCACCGGACAGGUGCGUGAUGUCUGCGUCUCGCCCACCAAGCAACAUCUCAUAUUGGCAACCAAGUCGGGCGACGUGCAACUAUGGCACAUAAUGAGCAAUUCGUUGGAGCACAUUUUUAAAGGUCACACCGCCGCAGUCACGUGCCUGCUAGUCGCACAACAAUCCGAUAUCCUGCUGACUGGCUCCGAGGACAACACGGUACUUGUGUGGAACGUGACGACGCGUGUGCUGAAGACCCACAUUAAAUCUCAUGGUGGCAUUGUGACGUGCGUCGCAGCUGGCGUCAAUAAUACGUUGGCCAUUAGUGGCAGUGAGGACUCGACGAUUGCAAUUUCAGAUAUACACAACGGCAGAUUGCUGCACAAAAUCACACAUCAUCGCGCUGCUGUGACGAGCGUGAAGGUUAGCAAUGCCUGCGAUGUGUUGAUUUCAUCAAGUCGCGAUAAAACAAUUUGCUUAUGGUCCUUGGAUGAUUAUACGCUGCUGAACAGCAUGCAGAUGUGCAGUCCGGUGCGGCGAAUUGACAUCUCAUGUGACUCGGUCUUUCUGUUGGCGCAUUGUGAAGAUAAUGUCCUGUAUUUGCGCACAUUGGCCACUGGCAAGGAGCUACAUGCCCUCAAAGGUCACAAGUCACAGCUCCAUGCUAUUGCCAUCGCUAAGGACAGUCAACGCGCCGUCGUUGGGGGCGAGGACACACGCGCACUCAUUUACGAUAUGCAUUCCGGUCGUCUGAUACGCUCAAUGCCACCCAAUCCCGGUUCGAUUUCAGCUCUAUAUAUAAUGGAUAACGAUGAUUUCCUUAUCACAGUCGGCGGUAAUAAAAUCACUUUCUAUUCAUUCCGUAACGAAGAACUCUACGUACAUCCGUACUCGCAUAAUCAGCGCCGAAAACGUUCAUUGAAACGUGCCCAGCAAUCGCAACGUUCCCCAUCGACCACGCUGCCACCGAUUACAUGUUUCGAUAUAUCACGUGAUUCACAAUUGGCCGCCAUCGCUUCGAGUCGCAGCGUACACAUUUUGAAGAUCAACACACCCGAGUAUCAGACGACUCUGGAUGGACACGCAGCCCCUGUGACAUGUUUAAAUUUUGCGCCGAACGGUGAGUACUUAGCAACGGGUGCGGAUGAUCGCACAGUGAAUGUUUGGAAUUUGGCGUUGGGUGAAGUAACAAACUCCUUUAAGGGUCACAAUGCGUCGGUUUGUUGCGUUGUUGUGCUCAUGGACUCACGCCGCAUCAUCUCGACCGAUCGCGAUUCCAUGAUGUAUGURUGGUUGGCCGAAGGCGGCAACUUAUUGCAAACCAUACAGGGACCRUACAAGUUUUUGGCCGCCACAAAUAAUAUGAAAUUCGCGGUCUCUACAAAUGGUGACAACACAUUGAAAAUCUGGUCGCUGACACGUGAGGAUGAAAAGUACACAGURUCGCAUUCGGACGAGAUCACUUGCUUCACGAUUACCGCCGACAGUUUGUAUAUAAUAACCGGUUCGCGUGAUAUGUCCUUAAAGGUAUGGCAAGCCACAGGCGGCAAGCUGGCACAAGUGCUCGUCGGGCAUACCGAUGCAGUGAAUUGCGUGGCAGUAUCAGUGACCAACAAGACACAAGUCAUAUCYGGUUCAAAGGAUACCAAUCUCAUCAUUUGGGAUCUGCAUACCGGCGAGGAGCUGCACACGCUAGCCGGCCAUUUAGCACCGGUGCUGGGCGUCAAAGUGUCGGCAGAUGGUUCAACGGCCAUUUCGGGCAGUGACGAUAAGACACUCAUCGUUUGGGAGACMAAACGUGGCUUGGCGCUCACCUCGCUACAAAUGCAUGUGCCCUUCCAACGUUUCGACAUCAGYCUGGAGUGUUCGCGUAUAUUAGUGCAAUUGAUGGAGAGUUUCAAUUUACCCGUUAUUUGUCUACACAACACACCAGCACAAUAUGUYAAGUUGCCCACCUACUCGGCGCCGGCAAUGGAUGCCGAAGACUUACGUCCACAAGGUCCCAAGCGACAAAUGAAGCGUUUACUCAAGAAGGAGGUAUCGCUGGACACCUACACGUGGCAGAAGAAAUACGGCCAUCUGACKUCAUCGGUUAUGAUGGCACAAGUGGAUGAGCGUCUGAAGCGGCGCUUUUCUGUCUCCGCCAGCAUGGAGGAGAUUUCGAAAAUAGCCGAAAUGAAAACAAUCACUUCGCAGACCAAUCUUGGUCCGGAGCAAGCCGCUUUGGCACAAUCGCAGCACUUCGAUCAGCUGGAGGCAUUAUGGAACAAACGCUCGCCACCGCGUAGRAGACACAAUGCGGGUCUCUCACGGCAAACAUCGCUCGUCGAGGAUCGCCUUGAGUCAUCCGAUGACGAUGAGUAUCACGACGAACGUACAGGUAUGUUUUCACUCUCGUGCGAUCAAAUACACUUGUUAGCACUUAAACCGAGCAUGCUGCGAAUGCGUUCACUUUCCUUGCAAGAGCACAUAUGGGUCACAUGUUCUAUGAAGGUACCAAUCGCUCAUUUAGCACUUAAACAACAACACGUCCACCAUUUCCACAAUCACCUACACACAUACACCUCACCACACACCACCACUACCACCACCACAUUCACAACAGCCGGCGGCAGCAGCAAUUUCGAAACGCUGAGCAACAAUAGUAACAACAGCUKCCACAACAAUGACAAUAACAGCAACAGCGUUAAUGGUAAUAACACUAAACACSAGAAAAAUCAUACGCACACCUGCGCCUKCAUGCUGCUGCAUCAACACCACCAACUUGCCAACGAGCAACAACACGAACGAUAUCAACAGCGCCGACGUUGCAACAGCAGCGCCAGCGCUUUGUCGCAACAACCCGAUUUAGUGCGCGAUUUGCAAUGUGGCGACUUGAGCUCAGCGCCCAAUUCGUCCGACGACAAAUCGGACGAUCCAACCGAUUAUCUCAGUCGYGCGCGUCACAUCUUCCGCUGGCGCAGUUUUCGAUCGCAGCGCGCGGUCAACGCACMCAAGUGUCACUCCUUGMAACCACAAAUUUAUUUAAACACCACAACAACACUAAGCUCUACUCAAGUAUCGAACUAUCAUUGCAGCCCACCGGCAUGUCUACCGCCCAGAGCCACGCCCAUUAUCAUCGUAGAGAACUAUGAACAUCACAAUGUGCAGCAAGUGCGCUCAAACCGUGUUAUACAUCCAAGUACGGGACGCGCCGCUUGGGGUCAGACAGCCGAUGAGUCGGCUACCGAACUACGUUGCGCCACGAAAAAACGUUGCGUCAGUAGUAAAGUUGUACCGCAAGCGUCUGACACACCACAGCCCAAGCAGAGACCAUUCAGUGACACAACGUCGCCAACACACAUUCGGAUGUCCGAAUACUUACGACGCAGCUUGCAUAUGUCGCGCAUAUUUAAGCGAUCACACUCGCAUGGCGGCAAGUCUUCACAGCCAGCGGAGACUGCUUUAGGCAAYAAAGGGAAAGUGAUGCCUCCAACAGCAAUUGAAACGGGCGGUGCACUAAGUAGCCGAGCGCAUAAGUUGCACAAUAGAUGCAUGUUGGAGAAGUCAAAAGAGGAAAAGCGUACUAAAUCAGUGGAUAAGGAGGCAGACCACAGCCAACCCUCGUGUGUGAUACAGUAGUGUAUGGCAAAAAAUAAGGCUAAGGGCAUAGUGUGGACUAUACGUCGACCGGUUUGGGAACUAUGGUAGCAGCUAUGGGAUGGACCAAAAUAUUUUAACAUCAUUAGUUCUAUCAACAACUCUUUAAUAUAUUCAAUUUUGUGAAUAGUUAGCAAUCAUUUGCUGAGGUAAUCCCAAACAGUGCUAGGGUUUCUUAAAUUCCUCGGUACCAUUGCAUAUUUAACGAUUUUGCGGCCGAUUGCACACAUUCUUCAGUCCGUGUUCCAUCAACCCGAGUUUCAUGUUGCGGACGAARCUUUCCAAUUGAGUCAGAGUAAUACCCAUUAUUUCUUACAAUUUCAAGAAGUUUUUCUUACCCCAUUUUUAGCCUCAUACCUCUCCCAGUAGUAAGCUUGCUCAUAGUCAAUUGUAAGAGGUUCCAGUCUAGYUUACUCGAAGUAAAUUUUUGAUUUUCUCUGUAAUUUAUGUAUGUAUAACUACGUAAGAUAAAACUACAUUCGAGAAGUUUAUGGAUAUUCGAAAAAGUAUUUCUUCUAGUUUGUCUCUACAAGAAAGUAAGCCUUGUUUUCUGGUUAAUGGCAUUAUUUUGAACUGGUGCAUCCAUAUAUAUCCAAUUGCCAACUAAGAUACAAACUAACUAACGAAAGUCACUUCUAGCGAUGGUAAUCAUUUAGCCAACGAUCUGAGAUAUUUAAGUUCUAUGCAUAGAGGUUUCAGUGUACUUUUUGCAGAAAAUUGUCGGUUAGUGGCACAAAGCUGUUUUAAAGCAAUAAAAAAUACGGUUCGAUUAAUCGAUAAAAUAAAAAAGUAUUACAAACAAACUCGAUAAGUAGAUUACAUAAAAUUAUUGUAAUAUAAACUUUUAAUCAAUUUUCAGAUUAAGGAAAAGUUUUAGUAAUAAAGGGUUUUUUGGGCAUGUGGUUUUCAAGAAGGAAUCAAACGUAUAUAAAACGAAAAAGUAGUUUCUGAUAGAGUGCUUUCGUAGAAAUCACCCCUACCACCCCAACUACGACAACGACAUAAGACAACACGCCCAUCAGAGUUCGGACUCAACAAACUUCAGAUGUGCACUGACCGUUAUUCACAGUGGAACCAUAAACACCUUYACCKACUCCAUCUCAGUGAAYGCCGUUACUUGGAGUCAAACCACAGAUGACGAGCUCGAGUUUCCGCGAUAAUCGAGAAACACCCUUGCACGGCUUCAUUCUGGAUACUAUAGCAGGUUAAACUCCCACUUAUCCAGAAUMGACAAGAACAAAGGAAAUAUAUAUCCAACAUGUAACGAGUCCCCGCAUAACACUAACCACCUCUUUGCAUGCUCAGCUAACCCCUCUCGAAGCGGUCUCACCACGUCGCAACGGAACGUUGGAUGACCUCGAUAACAACUUAUCUCAACCUUAAUAUCCUAACGGAACUAGAUAACUGUUACAACAAAAACACCAAAAGUAGUCCAGCGGUAUUAAACCGUACGAUCUUGUCGACCACACCACAGGACCACCAUGAGAGAUAAUACACACCAAAAGUUUCCUUCAAUAGAUUGAGCGCAUCAUCAACAUCCUCCUAUUCAGGCAAGCUUUGGAAAACCACACUGACUCUGAUAGUAUAGCCGGGUUCGUUCUUAAAAAAAUAUGAACCAAUGAUUCUAUCAACCAAACUUCAACGCUGAACAAAAUUUUGUUGUGAAAGCCACGAUCGUUUGUUCGGAGUAAGAUCAUUCAUUACAAAGUGGCAAACUGAAACGAAUGCAAAUUAAGUAACGACUGUCCAAACGACCAACACCGAAAAAACUAAUACCUUCUUGAAAAUCACACGUCCAAAAAAACACUCGGCAUCAUCAUACAAGRGCAAAGAUACAAAAUAUGUGUUGAUAAAAAAAAACGAUUAUUAGUUAAUUAAGUUAUUAUUUUAAAWUUCAAAAUUUUAGAUAGAAAUUAUUUGUAGCAACAACAGUUUYUUUCAGGCCCCCCCUCUACACAAUUAUCAAUACACAAAUCGAAUCAGUUAAUCACYUUUAGCACACAUUUACACUUGCACACUUGUUGCAUAACGGUACCAUAUUUUGCCUGUUCCAAAUACUUUGAUUAUGUAUUUUAUUACUAUGUUAUCUUGAAAUCUUUUCAAUUUAUUUUUCAAUCAUAUUGCGCAUGAUCUUUUAGCACUAUUUUCCACAUGUCGAUUGCAUUAUAAAUGUUCUACCACUUAAAAUGAAUAUUUUACAACAAUUUAGAUUUAUAAUUAUCAAUUAGCCGUGAC